CCAGUCAGUGUCACCUAUCAAUGCCAAUCAGUGCCACCUAUUAGUGCUGCCAAUCAGUACCACCUAUCAGUGCCAGUCAGUGCCGCCUAUCAGUGCCAGUCAGUGCCGCCUGUCAGUGUGCAUCAGUGCCAUGCCAGCCAGUGCCGCCUAUCAGUGCCAUAUAUCAGUGCUGCCUUUCAGUGCCCAUCAGUGAUGCCUGUCAAUGCCCAUCAGUGCCACCUACCAGUGCCUCCUCAUCAGUGCCACCUAUCAGUGUCCAUCAGUGCA